AUGGAAAUUACAGAGGAAGAAGAAGGUUCAGAGGUACCUUUGGUACCACUACUUCGACCUGGCUCUCAUCCCGAGGUGCGAGUGAGAGAUAUUGAAAGCGAGAAACCACAAGCUAAUACUCGACCAAGAAAAAACGAAUUUGAGCCAUAUUUACACGGUGAUAUAGCGAACAUUUCACAGUACACAGCUACAAAUGUUGAAUACGCUAAACGUCCUACCAAGAUACAAAAAAUUGAAAAAGCUGACACCUUAGACGUCCCUUCACUAAUUCAGAAAACUCCUUACGACUACGACGACCUAUUUAUGCCUGAAUGGUUCGAUAGAUCAUCGAUUCAUAGAUUAGAGGCUCUUUCCAUUCCCGAAAUAAAUGAUGAGGAUUGCAGCUUGACACCUGACGAUUACAUUGCUAUUAGAAAUUAUAUGAUCGAUGCCUACAGAGCCAGCCCAGCAUACUAUUUAACAAUAUCGACAUGCACAUCCAAGUUAGAGACAGAUUUACCCAUACUUGUUCGUAUACAUAGUUUCUUGGAAAUGUAUGGGCUCAUCAAUUCUCACGUUGAUCCAAGACGGAGGAUUUAUGACCCCUAUAUUGACACUGACCCUAACGCGGAACUGAAACCUAAAUCACAGCGAAACUUUGCAGAUAUCGAUAAAGCUGAUAUGCAAUAUCUACGCGACCUUAUUUACAAACAUGAUUCGUCAGGACAUUCUCAUUGGAAACUGUCCGUGGAAGAUCCAAAAAAUUCUGAUAGACGCAGAAUCUUUAUUUGUUGUACCUGCAGAACAGAUUGUAGCGCAGUACGUUAUCAGUCAUUAAAAGCAAAAGACUAUCAGGUUUGCAUCGAUUGCUUUCUAGAAGGCCGAUAUUCUGCUGUCUAUUCAAGUGCUGAUUUCUUGCGUGUUGAGGGUACGGGUGGAUCAGCAGAGUUGGAAAUGGAUGAACAGCAACCAUGGUCAGAUCAGGAAAUUUUACGUUUGCUCGAAGGUGUUGAUCGAUACGAUGAUGAUUGGUUAAUGAUAUCAGAACAUGUUGGAAGCCGCUCCAAAGAACAAUGCAUCACUCAAUUCCUACAGUUACCUAUUAAUGAUGAAUUUUUGACGGCAACACUUUCUGAAGAAGAGUUAGUAGAGACUCCGUUCGAUGACACCACAAAUCCAGUAAUGAUGAUGAUUUCAUUCUUGGCUGCCCAUAUCAACCCAGGCAUCGCAGCAGCAGCAUCUAAAGCUGCGUUGAAAAUCCUUAUUGAAUCGGAUGAAACGAAUGAUUCAAUGGAUGUCAAUUCAACGGAGGACGCGACAAAGGAGAAAAUGGAUAACAUAAAGACGGACGAAGAUGAUGUCUAUGAGGAAAGUAAAAUAGAUGAUAUUAAAGCAAAUAAUGCCAAUAAAGGUGUAUUUUCAAAGGAAACUAUAAGAAGAGCUACAAUGGGUGCCUUGAAUUGUGCAGUCCAAAAAGCAGGAAAGCUGGCAGACUACGAGCAUCAAGAAAUUCAGCACUGGACACGUUUAGCAGUCAAAACAAUGGUCGAUAAGUUGUCUUUAAAAGUAGGCCAAUACGAAGAAUUGGAAACCUCACUCUUAAAUGAAGCACAAGAAUUAGAAAAGCAACAGAGCCAAAUAGCAAAUUCAAUUGAAGCUUUACGAACUCCUAAAGACGAUCACCAACAGCAACUGCAGCAACAGGAUCAUAAUAAAUAA